ACGAGCGAGUUUCAAAAAAAAGCUUGUGGCAGUUCUUGUUGUACAGAUUAAAAAAAGAGGCACAUCGGCAGCCGCGUUCCCAUGGGCUUGGCAUGGAUGGCGGUGGGACGGGUUUCUUGGUGUGGUCGGAGGAGCAGGGAUGGGGAUCGUCCACUGGUUCCGCCCGCCCUGCACUUGGCCAACUUGGCCAUUGACGCUCCACAAUUCGCUCUUGCACGGUGUUGUGAGUGGUGGAUGCGUGACUGAAGCAGUGAAGCUUGCGUCGUCACCCGUGCUUCCUCCAAAAAUCAAAAUAAGGGGUCAGGGGUCUUGGCCCUUGGGGGUCUUACCGUAUUGGAGCUCGAGCGGGAGCCGAAACACUUGAGCCACUACUGAGCGCCGGCCAGAGUCGAUAGUGGCGC